GGUACGGAGCGGAGAAGUGAGCAGAAGUGUGGUCACCUAGAGAGAGAGAGGGCUGACGACGGCGCGGGCGAGUCGGAUCGUCGACGCCACAUCGACUCGCGGUAUCGAGCCGAGAACAUCGGCAUCACGCAUCUCUCGUACACACGGGCGAACAAGCGAGAAAGGACCACGACGAACAGAAGAAACGAGUUUGUAAACGAGGCCGGUCACCGCGACAGCCUUCGGCUCCGGUCUGCUCCGGAGUGGCGCGGCCAGCGAGAGAGAGAGAGAGAGAGAGAGAAAACGGUGUAGUAAAGUAGUUGUAUGUAAGACCGCGCGUGGAGAAGACACACACGUAGUCAUCUCUAAGAGAACGUCGCCGAGUGCCGAGGAUAAGCGAGUACACACGUCGAGCGAUUAACGUACGGCUGACGAGCGAGUUUCCCGCGCGCGCGCGCGCGCGCGUUAUCUGAGAAGUCGGGGAGACCGCUAAUUCGACGGUGAAGUUACAGUGAAUCCGAGAAGGGGAUCCGAGAAAAUCGCCGAUGUGUAUGUGUGAUUUCUUGAGUUAACGAAAAAUCAACGGAAAAUCCGAUCCCCCCGCUUCUUACCGCUUGUUCCACCGACGACCACGAGAGCUCGUGCGAAGAUCGUAAUCGAGUAACCAGGCUGUGAACGAGGCGCGAGCCAUCGCGAUGACCAUUCACAAGAAAGGUGUCGGGCUGUCGAAGACGAAGGGCAAGGGGGUCGCGAAGAACGAGAUGGCGACGAACUCGACGUCCUCCACGGACGUGGCGACCACGGAGACUGUCGAGGUCGUGUCCUCGAGCAGCGUGGUCGAGGAGUCGCGACAGGUAACCCAGAGCGAGUCCAGGAGCAGCGUGGUAGAGGUGACGAGCGGCAGUCGCGAGGUCAUCAUGGAUUCGAAAGGUAACGUGAUCAAGGUCAUCGAGACUGCCCCGCGCAGCAGCGUCGAGCAGAGCUCGAGCCGUAGGACAGGCAAGACUUCCCAAGACUUCAUAGCCGGCGAGCAAACGCAAUCGAUCAAGCAGGCGAGGACGAAACACGAGAUCCCGCGCGAAGGCGCGGAGUCUUUCUCGGAGAGUCGCAUGCUUCUUCGAGGAGAGGACGCGAGCGAGGAACGAGUCAGCCAGUCUGUGAGUCAGAGCGAGUCCCGCAGCAGGGUUCAGCAACAGUCGGUCUCGUCGAGCACCCUGACGGAGAGCACCUCGAGCGAAGACCGCACCGGACGUCGGUCCACCUCCCACGACAUGAGGAACGGCGACCUCGCGCCCGUGGUCCAGACGUCGUCGAGAUCAAGCGAGAGCGCUCGAAUGAGCAGCGAGACGAGCGAGGCGAUAACGAAGGACGGGCAGACCGUGUCGAGCACGACGAGGAUCCGCGAGACCGAAGGAAGGGUCGACGACAACGGCAAGACGAUGUCCACGUCGAGCCGGGAGGUCGACAGCGAAUACACGGUCGAUCCGACGGACGGUCGGUCCGUGAAGAAACGUAGCGACGACAUCGAGAGGAUCGGUGAGAAAAGCGCGUCGUAUAUCGGCGACUCGAAAGCGGAGAAGUCGAGCGUCGAGAUCGGCGCGCGCUGCAACAAACCCGGCCAGUCCACGUGGGACGGCACGUUCGUCUACGAAAAGCCCGCCACCCCCAAAGGCAAAGCAGACGGGAAGGCGGCUCGCGAUGACAAGGCCGACAUCGUCGGCAAAACGGUCACCUCGAAGGUGCACGGUGACGGCUGGCGGGACAGCGAAAAGAGCGUUAAAGUCACCCAGGAGUCGUCGUCGUUGUCCUCCUCGUUCUCCGCCGAGGCGACGUCGGUUAUCGAUCAGGUCGUCUCGUCGAGCACGGCCGUGACUCGGGACUACAAGACCACGAUGAUCGACGAGGGUCGAUCGUCGUCGACGACGAGCGAUCGUCGCGAUACCAGGUCGCGGCACCAGCUCGCCACGGACACGACGGACUUCGGCGACGAGCGGAGGAGGCACGUUGCGAGCGAGAAGUACGCGAAAGCGCCGGCUUCCGCGUGGGACGGCAGUUUCGUCGUGGAGAAAGCGGCGGAGGUGAAACGACGGCGAAACGAUUCCGACAGCGACGUGUUCCUGCAUCGUCGUCACGACGACGACGACGUCGUGGAGACGACGCAGCGAAGGGACUUCAAGGAGAAGAGCGUGGACGGUACGUACGAGAAGGAGUUGUCCGAGACGGCGCGCGUGGUGAAGGGUGGUGACAGCACGACGAGGUUCAUCUCCGAGGAGCGGCACGACGUGAGUCGGGAGAGCAGGAUCCACGUGGGCGACUCGAGCAAGGAGGAACGCACCGCUCGUGUACCCAGUCCGACUCGUCGGAGAGUCGGCAGGCCCGGCGAUUCCGCGUGGAACGGCGAGUUCGUCUACGAAAGAACGCCGGACGAUGGGAGGAAGAGGCCCUCGGACGUGACCGUGGUCCGACGAACGGAGAAACGCGAUUCCGUCGACAUUGAGGACGUCACCGAGGAGCAGAACAUCUCGAACGUCUCCGAGUCGGUCUCGGCUUCUUACAUCGUCGAGUACGCGAGCGCCAGCGACAGGAAGAACGUUGAGAAGGUGACGUCCGUGUCCGAGGUGAUCGUGGAGGAAGACGGUCCUCCCGGCGAGGACAAGAGUACGCGUACAAGCCCCGAGAGGCAGCCCAAACCAAGACAAGACGUACCUCCUCGCUGCUACAAACCCGGCCAGUCCACGUGGGACGGCACCUUCGUCUACGAGCAGCCGAAGACACCCGACGACGCUCGUCGCAGACCGGAAGAGAGACGUACCGUCAAGACGGUCGAUAUCCGGGAUGUCACGGAGGACAAUUCGAUCAACGAGGCGGACGUCACGAGCACCUCUUACAUCGUCGAGCAUUCGUCGAGUCAACAGAGUUUCUCGGACGUCCGAGACGCCAGUCUCUCGUCCACGAUCUACGAGACGGUCAUUUACGAGGGCCAUCCCGUCGAGAUGACGAUCAGGAUUGAGGAGGACGUUUCUCGGGGCAGAAUCCCGACGACGGAACGUCAGACCAGUCCUACUGCGCGUCCCACAAGUCCCGAGAAGACACCCAAGGAGAGGGACCUCCGGGGCACGAAGCCCGGCUCGUCGACGUGGGACGGGACCUUCGUGCGGGAGAAACCGCAAGAGAAAAAGCGACCACCCAGCAGAGAAUCCAUCGAUGAUAGACCAUCGGACUACAAACCACGUCCGGCUCACAGCCCGAAGACGUCUCCAUCGGCGGAUACGCCGAGGAAGCACGUCAGCGAGACCACUAUCGAUCUGCGGGAUAUCACGCGAGGCGUGUCCGGCACGUCGGAGAUCCUGGAGAGCUCCGUCGUAAUGGAGCAAUCGAGGAUGCACGAAAGUUACACGGACUCGAGCAACCUCGGCUAUUCGACCACCUCGAUGGAGGCUGUGAUCGGCAGCGACGGGCAGCCGGUGACGACCACGCAAAAAAGCGUGACCGUUCAAGAGGGCCCUCGUAGCCCCGCGAAGAAGCCGCCCGGCGGUGACGUAAUCACCACCGCUGACGUUAAAGAGAGUACUAUUAAAAGCUCCGAGAAGAAGGAGUCUUAUGUGGACGAGAGAAGUUACCGACCUACCAAGCCAGGUUCAUCGACAUGGGACGGCUCGUUCGUGCACGUGAAGCCGGAGGAGAAACUACCGGCCGACAGGAAGAUACCGAAAGAAACGACCGGAGUCGCGGGUAAACCGAGCCCGUCCAGGGAAAGACCAACCGACAUCACCGGUCAUAGAACGUCCGUUACGAUAUUCGAGGACGCAUCGAAGGACGUAACGAGCUCCGUCAAGCUCGAGCAAACGCUCGUCACCGACUCGAAGACGUACGACUCUUCCGAAAUGUUCAUCGAGGACAUUAAGGAGGACAUAACACGCUCGAUCGAUUACGACAAACCGAGACGGCCGUCCGACGAGAAACUGACACCGUCGCCUUGGAAGCGUCCGGAGGACCGCAAGGAAAUCCCCGAAAAAUCGCCGAGGAGUCCGGCGGACAGGACGCAGCGGCCGUUGAAGCCGGGCGCCUCCACCUGGGACGGAUCUUUCGUUUACGAGAAACCGCAGGAUCUGCGGAAGAAACCGACGACCGGAGAGCCGGUCGACGUGACGAGGAAACCGACGGACGAUGGGAAGCCGAUCAGUAAGGAGAAGGAACCGACCGAACGGAGAGAGGAGCCGGUCGUCCCGACACCGGUCCCCCGAAAACCGACGGACGACAAGAGACCGCAACAGCAGGACGUCACGGUGGUCAGAUAUAUCGGAGAUGUCGCGGAUGUCUCGCGCACGUCCGAAGUGAUGCAGCAAUCCACUUACGUGGUCGAUCAAUCUUCGAGCUUCACUUCUGUGCAAGACGUCCGCGAUGUUAGGGACGAGCGUGUCAUCACUGAAUUUACAACGGACACGCGCAAGGAUGCGAGAGAUGUCACCGAGUCAACGAAGGAAUUUAUCGAUAAAGAGCAGGUGACUAGCAUGGUAGCACGGGAUGUCGUCGACGACACCCGAUUCGAUACCGUCACCGGCCACGUGCCCCGGACUUCGGCGGACUCCACGAGGAAACCGUCGCCGGAACGGCCCGGCUAUCCCCGCGGAAUCCCCGGACUCCGGGAAGACGACCGACCGAAACCGAUCCCCGCCGCUGGGAAGCCUAGCCGACCUCCACGAGAACGCGAGAGGAGUCCGCAGAAACCGGCGGAACAUGGCAGACCUUCGGAAGUUCGACCGAAAUCGCCCGAGAAGCUGCGGGAUUUCCCGUUGCCGAGCAAGAAACCGCAACCGGCAGCUGGCAAGCCGAGUCGACCGGAGGAGAGACCCGUAGCGCCCAGAAGACCCGAUGAGGAACCGAGCGGACCCACAAAAGCCACGGAUCAGAGGCCAGCCGCGGGUAAACCCAGUCGACCCGCGGACAAGCCUCAGAAACCGAAGAAGCCCGAGCAGGCCGACAAGCCGGCAAAACGGGGAGAUCAAACCCCAGACUCGCUCGAAGACGAAGACGUUCGCCCUGCGCCGAUACCCGACAUACUUUCGAAGAUCCCUCUGAAGGAACAAUGCAUCUGCGAGCUCUGUACCUGCGGACGGCAUCGUUGCCCGCACAACCUCCCCGACGAACACCUCGACAUUUCGCACGACGAGUCGAUGAGCGCGGUGAGCUCCUAUCGGCAGGAGUACGACGAGAAACACGUGGAGAGGCAGACGAGAUACUAUCACGAGGACCAACUGCAUGUAGGCGGCGAAUUUAUCGGGGAGAGGCGUGCCGAUUACGUGGCUACCAAAGGCGAGAGAGCGCCCGUCAGGAAGCCGCAGGAUCAUCUCAAACCGGAGGGCGAAUUCGUCAGGAGGCCGAAGGAGGAAGCGCCCGUGAGGGGCGAGAGGGCACCGGUGAAGAAACCGCAGGACAAUCUGAAGCCGGAGGGCGAAUUCGUCGGCAGACCUCGGGAGGAAGCGCCGAAGUUUGGCGAACGAGCGCCGGUCACCAAGCCGAAGGAUACCUUGAAAUUCGAAGGGGACUUCGACACUACCACGACGACCGAGCUGGUCUUUACCGGGGCUCCCGGCGAACGACCCAGCCCGAUCCGCCGCAACACGUACACGAAGGUGGAGGGUGAUUUCAUUGACGAAACUACGACACGGUCCCAGUAUGUUGAUCAUCGCACUGUUCAACGCGCCGAAAUCGUCCGGCGAACGGAUAACCUCACCGUGGGAGAGGGUGAAUUCACGGGUACCUCUCAUAUCAAGGAGGACUUCCAGACUCAUGUUAUCGAGCGUGAACCUCAAUGGCGACCGAAAUAUCCUGAGGAGACCGAUCGGUUCUAUAGCAAAACCGAUGUGAUGGACAGUACCACCACCACUCAGGAACAAUAUCGAACCUUUGAUCAGACGGAUUACAGAAAUACCACUGUAGUUAGGAGGGCGGACAAUCUGAGACCCGAAGGACCCUUCGAGGCAUCGCCUCACACGAAAGAUGAAUACAUUGCACCGAUAUUAUCACGUAGACCGGAACCACAGAAACCGAAAGAUAAUUUAAAACCCGAAGGACCAUUCGAAGGACGACCUAAGGAUGAUUAUAAACCAACGAGAGGCGAGCGAGCUGACGUUAAGCGUCCCGAGGAUAAUCUAAGACCGGAAGGACCGUUCGAAGGCCGACCUAAGGACGAUUAUAAGCCAACCAGAGGUGAACGUGCUGAUGUUAAACGUCCCGAGGAUAACUUACGUCCUGAAGGGCCAUUCGUGGGGCGUCCUAAAGAUGAUUACAAGCCAACUAAAGGCGAGCGCGCUGAUGUUAAACGUCCUGAAGAUAAUUUGAGACCAGAAGGACCAUUUGAAGGACGUCCUAAGGAUGAUUAUUCACCUAAACGCGGAGAACGUCCUGAGGUGAAACGCCCUGAAGACAACUUACGUCCUGAAGGACCGUUCGAAGGCCGACCUAAAGAUGAUUACAAGCCAACUCGGGGCGAACGUGCUGACGUCAAACGCCCUGAGGAUAAUUUGAGACCCGAAGGUCCAUUCGAAGGACGUCCUAAGGAUGAUUAUUCGCCUAAACGCGGAGAACGUCCUGAGGUGAAACGCCCUGAAGACAACUUACGUCCUGAAGGACCGUUCGAAGGCCGACCUAAAGAUGAUUACAAGCCAACUCGGGGCGAACGUGCUGACGUCAAACGCCCUGAGGAUAAUUUGAGACCCGAAGGUCCAUUUGAGGGACGUCCUAAGGAUGAUUUCUCUCCGAAGAGAGCGGAUCGCCCAGAAGUGAAACGGCCGCAGGAUAACUUACGACCUGAGGGUGAUUUUGUGGAUCGUCCGAAAGAUCGGUAUACACCUGGAGAGAAACGUACACCGAUUAGACAUCCGGAUAAUUUAUAUCCUGAGGGUGAUUUCGAAAGACCCGAACUGAUACCUUAUGGUCCCGGUGAUAGAGCUGCCAUUGUGCGUCACCCGGACAAUCUGUUCCCGAUUGGAGAAUUUCCAGACAGGGAAGUCGAACCUUUCCGACCAGCUGAGCGAAGAACACCUAUUAAACCCGAUGAUAACCUUCGUCCGGAAGGUGACUUCAUAGGAAAGCCCAAAGACGAUUACAGACCGACUAGAGGAGAACGCGCUGAUGUCAAGAAACCGGAAGAUAAUUUGAGACCAGAAGGACCAUUCGAAGGUCGGCCUAAGGAUGAUUACAGCCCUAAAAGAGCGGAGCGUCCAGAGGUGAAGAAACCGCAGGACAAUCUAAAAUCGGAAGGACCUUUCGAAGGACGGCCUAAGGAUGAUUUUAAACCAACUAAAGGAGAUCGUGCAGACGUCCAGCGUCCGGAAGAUAACUUGAGACCCGAGGGACCCUUCGAAGGACGUCCUAAAGACGAUUAUUCGCCUAAGCGUGCUGAGCGUCCCGAAGUAAAACGUCCGGAGGACAACUUACGACCAGAGGGUCCUUUCGAGGGACGCCCGAAGGAUGACUACAAGCCGACUAAGGGAGACCGUGCGGAUGUCAAGCGACCGGAAGAUAACCUAAGACCGGAAGGGCCUUUCGAAGGACGUCCGAAAGACGAUUACAUGCCAAAGCGUGCCGAACGUCCCGAAGUGAAACGUCCAGAAGAUAAUCUACGUCCCGAAGGUGAUUUCCAGAGGCCAGCGAAGGAGCCUGUUGGCCCGGCGGAGAGACGCACUCCGAUUAAACAUCCGGAUAAUCUGAGACCCGAAGGCGAAUUCGAACGACCGGAUCAAGAAGCUUAUCGUCCGGCUGAGCGGCCAACAGUCAAGAAACCAGUAGAUAAUCUGAAACCAGAAGGCGAGUUUGAGAGACCUCGUCCUGAGAAAUACUCCCCGGCGGAAAAACGAACGCCUGUGAAGCACCCGGAUAAUUUGAAACCGGAAGGAGAAUUCAUCGGCAAGCCCAAGGAUUUCACACCCACCAAAGGCGAUCGCGCGGAUGUUAAACGGCCGGAAGACAACUUAAGACCGGAAGGACCUUUCGAAGGACGCCCGAAGGACGAUUACUUGCCCAAACGUGCUGAACGUCCCGAAGUGAAGCGCCCGGAGGACAACUUACGGCCCGAGGGUCCAUUCGAAGGACGCCCGAAGGAUGACUUCUCGCCAAAGCGCGCCGAACGUCCUGAAGUAAAACGUCCGGAGGAUAAUCUACGUCCUGAAGGCGACUUCGAAAGACCGGAGAAGGCGCCUAUUGGACCAGCGGAGAGACGCAGUCCGAUUAAACAUCCAGAUAACCUCAAGCCGGAAGGUGAAUUCGUUGGCAGACCGAAAGAAGAUUUCACACCUACCAAAGGUGAUCGCGCGGACGUUAAGAGACCGGAAGACAAUCUGAGACCAGAGGGGCCAUUCGAGGGCAGGCCGAAGGAUGACUAUCGACCGGUGCGUGGAGAACGCGUUGACAUCGUUAAACGCACGGACAAUUUGCGUAUGGAAGGAGAUAUCGAGACGUACAGAUCCAGAGAUGAAUACACCGACUUCCUGAUACGCGAGAGAAGCGAAAUCACGCGGUACGAAGACAACUUACGUAUGGAGGGUGAAUUCAUCGAUACGAGAACACGAGACGAUUACAAAGUCGUUAAAGGCGAACGCAUGGACGUUAUUAAGCAUCUUGACAAUUUGAAGCCGGAAGGUCCAUUCGAAGGCCGUCCGAAGGACGAUUACUCGCCCAAGAGAGCCGAGAGACCGGAGAUCAAGAAGCCGGAAGAUAAUCUGAAACCGGAAGGUGACUUCGUACGUCGACCAAAAGAGGAAGCUCCCAAAAAGGGCGAGAGAGCCGAUGUUAAGAAGCCGAAGGAUAAUUUACGUCCGGAAGGCGACUUCGAGAGGCCGGAGAAGAAACCAAUUGGUCCAGCGGAGAGGCGUUCUCCGAUUAAACAUGCGGACAAUCUGAAACCGGAGGGUGAGUUUGAAAGACCGAGACCUGAAGAAUUCAAGCCUGCCGAAAGACCUGUCGUGAAGAAACCGCACGAUAACUUGAAGCCAGAAGGUGAGUUCGUCUCGAGACCGAAGGAAGAAGCGCCGAAGAGAGGCGAUCGAGCUGACGUGAAGAAGCCCAAAGACAAUCUUCGUCCCGAAGGCGACUUCGAGAGGCCGGAAAAGGCGCCUAUUGGACCGGCGGAGAGACGCAGUCCGAUUAAACAUCCGGAUAAUUUGAAGCCCGAAGGCGAUUUCGAACGACCUUAUCAAGAAACUUACCGUCCGGCUGAAAGACCAGAAGUUAAGAAACCAGUAGACAAUUUGAAACCAGAAGGUGAGUUCGUCUCGAGGCCGAAAGAUGAAGCGCCGCAGAGAGGCGAUCGAGCUGACGUGAAGAAACCCAAAGACAAUUUACGUCCCGAAGGCGAUUUCGAGAGACCGGAAAAGGCGCCUGUUGCACCAGCGGAGAGACGCAGUCCGAUUAAACAUCCGGAUAAUCUCAAGCCAGAAGGUGAAUUCAUCGGCAGACCGAAAGAAGAUUUCACGCCCACCAAAGGUGAUCGCGCGGACGUUAAGAGACCGGAAGAUAAUCUGCGACCGGAGGGGCCAUUCGAAGGCCGGCCGAAGGAUGACUAUCAACCGGUGCGUGGAGAACGCGUCGACGUUAUCAAACGCACCGAUAACUUGCGCAUGGAGGGAGAUAUCGAGACGUAUAGAUCCAGAGAUGAAUAUACCGACUUCCUGAUACGCGAGAGAAGCGAAAUCACGCGGUACGAAGACAAUUUACGUAUGGAGGGUGAAUUCAUCGAUACGAGAACACGAGACGAUUACAAAGUCGUUAAAGGCGAACGCAUGGACGUUAUUAAGCAUCUUGACAAUUUGAAGCCGGAAGGUCCAUUCGAAGGCCGUCCGAAGGACGAUUACUCGCCCAAGAGAGCCGAGAGACCGGAGAUCAAGAAGCCGGAAGAUAAUCUGAAACCGGAAGGUGACUUCGUACGUCGGCCCAAGGAGGAAGCGCCUAAAAAGGGCGAGAGAGCCGAUGUUAAAAAACCGAAGGAUAAUUUACGUCCGGAAGGCGACUUCGAGAGGCCGGAGAGGAAACCAAUCGGUCCCGCGGAGAGGCGUUCUCCGAUUAAACACGCGGAUAAUCUCAAACCGGAGGGUGAGUUCGAGAGACCGAGGCCUGAAGAAUUCAAGCCCGCGGAGAGACCGGUCGUGAAGAAACCGCACGAUAACCUGAAACCGGAAGGUGAGUUCGUCUCCAGACCGAAGGAAGAGGCGCCGAGGAAGGGUGACAGAGCCGACGUGAAGAAGCCUAAAGAUAAUCUCAAGCCCGAAGGUGACUUCGAGAGGCCGGAGAAGGCGCCGAUCGGUCCCGCCGAGCGGCGUUCUCCGAUCAAACAUCCGGAUAAUUUGAGACCGGAAGGUGACUUCGAGCGGCCGAGGCACGAAGAGUACCACCCGGCAGAGAGACUUCGAGUGAAGAAGCCGACGGAUAAUCUCAAGCCAGAAGGCGAGUUCGAGCGACCGCAGCCGAAGAAGAUCAAACCAGCCGAGAAGAGGACUCCGAUCAAACAUCCAGAUAACUUGAAACCAGAAGGCGACUUCGUCGGCCGUCCGCGGGAAGACGCGCCUCAGCGCGGAGAACGAGCCGAUGUCAGAAAGCCGCAGGACAAUCUGCGGCCGGAAGGUGACUUCGAAAGGCCGGAGAAGAAAGCAGUCGGUCCAGGGGAAAGGAGAACUCCGAUCAGGCACGCGGAUAACUUGAAGCCGGAAGGCGAUUUUGUGGGCAAGCCUAAAGAAGAGGCUCCGAAGAGGGGAGAUAGAGCUGACGUGAAGAGACCGGCGGAUAAUCUCAAGCCCGAAGGAGACUUCGAGAGGCCCGAGAAAGCUCCGAUCGGGCCGGCGGAAAGACGUUCUCCGAUCAAACAUCCCGAUAACUUGCGACCUGAGGGUGAAUUCGCGACUCGUCCGAGGAAAGAGACGCCGCUGAAGGGCGACAGGGUGGACGUGACGAAACCGAAGGACAACUUACGACCGGAGGGUGAAUUCGAGAGGCCUCAGAAGUCGCCGAUCGGCCCGGCGGAACGGCGCACGCCCAUCCGACACGAAGACAACCUAUAUCCGGAGGGCGAGUUCGUCGGACGGCCGAAGGACGAUUUUGUUCCGAAGCGUGCCGACCGGCCGGUUCAGAAGAAGCCUAAGGACAACUUGAAGCCGGAGGGUGAGUUCGUAGGGAAGCCCAAGGACGAUUACAAGCCGACCAGAGGAGAGAGAACGGAGCUCGUGGUGCAUCGGGACAAUCUGAGGAUGGAAGGCGACAUUGACGUCUACCGAUCUCGCGACGACUACACGGCGACGACGAGGCGCGAGCGCGUGGAUAUCGUUCUCCGCGAGGAUAACCUGAAGAUCGAGGGCGAAUUCAUCGAUAUCAAUCGACGGGAUGAUUACCACGUCACCCGCGGCGAACGUAGCGAGAUCGUCAGACGCGAGGACAACCUUCGUCCGGAGGGCGACUUCGAGCGUCCGGAGAAGUCGCCGGUCGGUCCCGCGGAAAGGAGAUCUCCCAUCAAGCAUCCCGACAACUUGAAGCCGGAAGGUGACUUCGUGCAACGACCGAAGGAGCUCGCGCCUGUCAAGGGUGACCGAGCGGUCGUGAAAAAGCCGCGUGACAACCUGAAACCCGAGGGCGACUUCGAGAGACCGACGAAGUCGCCCGUUGGCCCCGGCGAGCGACGAUCGCCCAUCAAGCAUCCGGACAAUCUUCAUCCGGAGGGCGAUUUCAUCGGCAGACCGAAGAAGGACACGCCGCUGCGGGGUGACCGAGCGGACGUGAGGAAGCCGAAGGACAACCUUCGUCCCGAGGGAGAAUUCGCGAAGCGCACGCCGAAGAAGGUGGAGCCGGCCGAGCGGAGGACUCCGAUCAAGCACGAGGACAACCUGCAUCCCGAGGGAGACUUCUACAUGGCGCCUAAGGACGACUUCACUCCGAAGUGGGGAGAUCGCUCACCGGCCAAGAGGCCUCAGGACAAUCUCCGUCCCGAGGGUGAAAUGGAAGUAUCGCCCUCCUCGAAGGACGAUUACAAGCACGUAAACGGAGAACGUGUGGAAGUGCGUCGUCACGAGGACCACCUGCGCAUGGAGGGGCAAAUGGACGUUCGUCGUUCGCGAGACGAUUACAAGAAGAUCACGAGGACGGAGAGGGUGGACGUGAAGAAGCGCGAGGACAACCUCAGGAUGGAGGGCGAAUUCAUCGACGUGCGUCGCAAGGACGAUUACGUGCACGUUGUCCGCGUCCCGAUCAGGAGGCAUCCGGACAACCUGCGCCCGGAGGGAGACUUCGACACGCCCCAGAAGACGGUGGUCGGCCCCGGGGAGAGGAGGUCGCCGAUCAAACAUCCGGACAACCUGAAGCCGGAGGGCGAUUUCGAGCGCAGAACACCGGACAAGAUCGGCCCGGGCGAGCGGCGAUCGCCGAUACGUCACGCCGACAAUCUGAAGCCGGAAGGCGACUUCGUCGGCCGUGCUCGCGACGAUUUCACCGGCAGGCGAGCGGAGAGGAGCGAGAUCGUGAGGAGGGAGGAUAAUCUGAGGAUGACGGGCGAUUUCGAGGGUACGACGUCGCACAAGUCGACCUACACGGUCGUGCGUGGCGAGCGCGCGGACGUCAAAUCACACGAGGACAACCUGAGAAUCAGCAGCGGCGCCAUGGAGACGAAGACCACCAGCAAGGACGCGUAUACACCGUCGAGACGCGAGGUGUCUCCCACCGGUAAAACGGUGAACCGUCGCAGGCACAUGGAAUCGUCGAUCACGCUCGGCGACGACACCGCCGUGAUGACCACGACGAAUCAGCGUAACUACAACACGUACACGAAGCGCGCAGGGAAGGACGUAGCGGCGAAGAUGAGCAAGAUGGAGUCCGACAGCAGGAAGACCACGGAGUCGCAGACUCUCGCGGACGGAACGGUCGUGACGACCGUGAGACGGACGACGACUUCCGCUCAGUCCGAUAAUCAGAGAGUCACUAACGCCCAGACUAACGUCAGUCAUCAGCACGUUACCGAGCGGCGCGCGAUCCAACCGAUCGACGGUCCCACGGACUCGCGAAAGACGAGCGAGCAGCAUCACUCGCGAUCCUCGCAGAACCUCGCGCAGACACGUCGAACGCUCGAGGACAGGUCGAUCACGGAGGCGCAGAGUCACCGUGGACAGAUCCUGCGGGAGGACACGUCUCGUUACGCGGUCGACGCCACGCACGGCGAGCAUCAUCACCACCGGCAGCAACACCAGCAGCACGUCGAGCGUCACCAGCAGGAAGCGAGCAAACGCGACUACGUGAACACGCAGCACAUGGAGAGCCGGCAGAGCGUCACGAGGUCCUCCGCGAAGCAACACGAGCAACACACGCAGCACUCCAGUCAGGUACGAUACCACACGACGCAAUCGAGCAGCCCGGAAUUCCGGCAAGCGAUCAACGGGCAAACGACGGGUGGGGAACGAUCGCAGGUGGACUCGGCCGCGAGGGUCAGUCAUCAUCGGAAGAACGUGAUAUCCUCCUCGGCGGCGGACGUGAGCAACGCCGUGCUCCACCGACGCGGCGUCGCCUCCUCCACCGAGGCGCUGCACACGAUCUCGUCGACGGCGGCGGAUCAGCGCAAGAGCAUCUCCAACCUGGCCGAGAGCGGCCAGUACAUCAGCAACUCCAGCCAGAGCAGCGACAGACGGAGUCUGACCUCGCUGCACCGCAGCGCGAAGGAUGUCAAUCCCUGGGCGGCUUCCAGUUACGAACGCCCGCAGAGAAUCGUGCGGCAGGACAACCUGACGGUCGGCGGGAAAUUCUACUCGCAGAGCGAGGCCAAGAACUACGGCAACUUCUCGAGCACUCAGAGAGUUGAGAGGGUUCACAGGCAGAGCAACGUGUCCAACAUUAAUCUGGGCGAAGGCGGUACCGCCACUUCCAGCAUGUACAAGAAGGAAUUUGUGCCCAGGCACCGAGGACCCUGUCCGGCCGCUCUGUUGGAGGCCAAACCGGCGCCCUUCAAGCACACCAGAGACACGCCGAAGCACAAGUUCUAUUUACCCGUCAUAUCCAACUGAGUCGAAUCGCACGAGUUCGACCUUCUCCGAUGUGGUUUUUUUUUUUUUUUUU